AUGGGUUGUUUUUAACCUAAAGGAAUGAAUAAAAUUGUUGCAAUGCAAACUACAAAUAGAGAUUACAUUUUUACAUCAACUGCUGACAUUCACAAAAUAUUUUCUUUUGGUAAAGUCUUAGGAAUAGGUGCUUUUGGCAAAGUUCUUACUGCUAGAAGAAGAAAUAACAACGAUAAAUAAUUUGCUAUAAAAAUGAUUGAUAAAAAAACAGUCAAAGGCAGAGAAGCCAUGUUGGCAAAUGAAAUUUAUGUGUUAUAAAGACUUGACCAUCCAAAUAUUAUAAAAUUCCAUGAAGUAUAUUAAAGCGAAUUGUAUUUCUAUAUAUGCAUGGAUAAAUGUGGUGGAGGAGAACUGAUGGAGUCUAUACCCAAAAAUUAAAAAUUCUAUACUGAAUGUUAAGUUAGAGCUAUUAUGGUUAAAGUAUUAAGCAUAAUAAUAAAUCUUAGAUUUUUUCUGCCCUUGCUUAUAUACAUGAUUAAGGUAUUAUACAUAGAGAUAUUAAACCGGAAAAUAUUUUAUUUUCAGAAUGCGAUAUCAAUUCUGAGCCUAAAUUGAUAGAUUUUGGUCUCUCAGUUAAAUAUGAUGCAUUUAGUUACAAGUAUUCUACAUUAAUAAUUCUUUUUAGUAAACUUAAUGCUGGAGUAGGCACUCCAGUAUAUUUGGCACCAGAAGUAAUUGAUGGAACAUACAAUGAAAAAUGUGAUGUUUGGAGUCUAGGUGUUUUAUUAUUUAAUAUGUUGGUUGGAUAUCCACCGUUUUAUGGCAAAAACCGAUAAGACCUUUAUGAUAAUAUUCGAUGUUAAAAUGUAUGAAAUUUGAAUUAAUUCUUAGUUAAUAUUUGAUAAAAGGCAUUGGAGAAAUAUUAGUGAUGAAGUCAAAGAUCUGAUUAAACGUAUGUUAAAUAAAAACCAAUUACAACGUGCUUCAUCUAAAGAAUGUCUCUAACAUCCAUGGUUCUAAUUGCCAUUUAAUGAAGGAAUACUGAGACCAUCCAGGAGAAGUACAGGAUUCUCAAAUACUGCAUCAGAAGAUGAUUAGAGAACAUUAUAUUAAAUGCUUAAGACUUAUAGACUUGGAGCUAAAUUUAAAAGGGAAGUCAUGAAAGUUCUUGUCAAUUAAAUGAAUGAAAAAGAUUUAGCCAAACUUCAAUUCAUUUUUAAAAAGAUAGAUUUAAAUAAUUCAGGAACUAUAACUAUUUAAGAAUUACAUCAUGCCUUACAAUAAGAGGUAAAAUAAUAAAUUUCUACUUUAUAGGGUUCUUAAGCCACUUUGGAAGAGAUUGAAGAAAUCAUGGAAAAAAUUGGUUAUGAUAUUGAUGAUAUAGACGAUAUCACUUUGUCGAAUUCACAUAGAUCCAAUUAAAAACCUGCUACUAUUAAAUAUAGCAAUUUUUUAACUGCAUGUAUUGAUGAAAGAAGAGUAUUCACAAGAGAAAAGUUAUGGUCUAUUUUUAAAUACUUUGAUACUAGAAAUGAAAAUCAUUUAUCUAGAGAAGCAAUAAGGGAAUCAUUUGCUAGACAUGGUCGUUCAGUACCAAAUGAAAAAAUUGAUUAAAUGAUUGCUGAAAUAGAUCCCUUAAAUGAAAAUAGAAUUCAUUUUGAUGCUUUUUGUUAAAUGAUGGGUCUAGCUGGAAUAUAGUAAACUUUAGAAUUCAAAGAUGAACUUAAAGAUCCUUAAUCUAUAGCUCCUUCAAUAUAUUGAUA